ACGUUUCAGUUUUCAUCGAGAAUUCAGAAGGUGAAGAAACAGAGGAGAGGAGGAGUUUGUUCGAUAGGCUUAUCCAAUCCAAACCCAGAAGCCGCCAAUGAUUUGAACCGAGACUGGAGAUAAGACUGCAAACAAUAUGUCUGUCCUUCACUGCUUCAAUGCUACACCGUCCCUCUCUUCACAAUCCUUUCUAUCGUCUACUCUUGCCAUCUCCGCUACCCCUAUUUCUAGGUUGCCCUUGAGGCCCAUCGGUCAGAACCCAACAUCUUUCAAUGGAAUUCGAUCUUUUGUGCCCCUUAAUGUUAGAAAAAGUGGGGUAGUAAUUGUCAGAGCUUCAUCCGAGACUGAUGAAACUGGUCCCAAUGAUGCUGUUGAACCUCCUUCAGAUAACAAAGAAGUGUCUGUUCCUAUUGACAAACUUCCCUUAGAGUCGAAGUUGCAAGAGAGGAUGGAGCAAAAGAUGAAGAUGAAGAUGGCAAAGAAGAUAAGGCUCCGUAGAAAGCGGCUUGUUCGCAAGCGAAGGCUGAGGAAGAAGGGCCGGUGGCCUCCUUCAAAGAUGAAGAAAUUGAAAAAUGUAUAACCUUUGCCUCAGUCAGCAGGUGAAGUACUGAGCUUUGUAUCUCCUGUCAUUUUGAUUUGUUUAUCAUAAGUUGCAAGAUUGAAUAUACUGGCAUUGGUAACCAGAUGGAACAAUGAGCUAGAAGUUAUUUGGUGUUUUUGUCUGUU